AUGACGGACCCAAUGGAUCUCCUAUCUCGACCAGAUUCCCAAUUCGAUCACGAGGAGAACCUCAAGUCACAGAAGCAGGAAAAACAGCCCAAGCACGAACAGCUGGAGAACGGGAAGCAAGAGCAUGCAGCCUCAGCUCCAACGCCAAAACCACACAAUCUUUUACCGAAUACCUUCACAAUAAGCGGGGAACACGAGGGCAACGAUAUGAAUCCGAUCAUUUCGUCCGUUCUCGUCGUCCUCUCCUCCAUCCUCUCCUUCCUCGACACGUACAUCCUCCCUCCCCAUCUCCGCGCUGCGAUCCUCGAGACUGCGCUCGCACAUCCGCUGCUCACGACCUUCUUCCUCUGCCAGUUUAUCUGCUCGUGUAUCCCGGUCAUGAUCUUUCUGAUUGGGGCUAUGAUUGCGGGUGGUAUAGCGGUGGUGGUGUUUAGCUGUUUUGCGCUAUUGGUACUGGGGCCUGUCCUGGUUGCGACGACCGUCGCGGGUCUGUUCCUGUGGGGUUGGGGUUGGACGACGUUUGUGGUUGGGAGGUGGUUGUUGAGGCGGUAUUUGACCGAAGAUGGGGACGGAGAGAAGGGUCGUGCACGGGAUGGGGUGAAUGGUUUCAAUAAGUACGAUGCGGAGAAAGUGAAGGAGGAAUGGGCUUGA